GGAGAGGAGGAGAGAGAGAGCGAGAGAGAGAGAGGUAGGGAAAGGAGGAGGAGGGCAUUGAGGAAGAAAGGCAGGAGAGUAUCAAUGACAUCAACCAGCACAAUCUGAGGCCGCCCGACCGACCGGCGAUGCUCUCCCGAUAGAAGGGCUGAGGAAGCAGCCGUGACCCGCCGCCGCGCUGCGCUUCCCCCGGGGGGAAGAGGUUCGGUCCGCUCGGCCAGCGAGCAUCCAGGACGGUGCGUGCGGGGCAACGCCGGGCGAUGUGUGCAUGCGUCCCGCACAAAGACAGACCUUUCUCCGAGUGGAGCUCCUCCGCUGCCGCUGCCACUGGAUUACAUGUAUCCGAGGAAGCCUCCAGCUGCAAACCCACCCACAUGAAUCUAGCAGACAGAGAGGAAGACGGAGAGCUUCCCACUAAGAGUGCCUAUCCCUGUUGAGUGAAGCCCUACCUGAGUGUCCGUCAUCUCCGACCCGCCCACAGUGGUGCCUGCCAUGCCUCUGCCCAGGACAGGUGGCGCUCUGGCCCAGUCCAGGAGGCCUAUCGUGGGGCUCAGCCUUAGCCCCUCUCCCCUGUGUAUGCUGCUGCUGUCGAUGAUCCUGAUAACCAGCCCUCUGAGCAGCGUGUGUGGACCAUUGGCUCCCCCAAAGUUCACCAAGAUUCCCACCGACCAGAUCGGCGUGUCAGGGGGUGUGGCAUCAUUUGUGUGCCAGGCUUCCGGCAAUCCCAAGCCUGCCGUCUACUGGAACAAGAAGGGCAAGAAGGUCAACUCUCAGCGUAUCGAGGUGACCGUAGAGUUUGACGAGGGUGCGGGCGCCGUGCUGAGGAUCCAACCGCUUAGAGCUCCCCGGGAUGAGAACAUCUACGAGUGUGUGGCACGCAACAGUGAAGAUGAGGUGUCCGUCACUGCAAAGCUGGCCAUUAUUAGAGAGGACCUGCUGCCAUUCGGCUUCCCCAGUAUAGACAUGGGUCCCCAGCUGAAGGUGGUGGAGCGGACGAGGACGGCCACCAUGCUGUGCGCUGCCAGCGGCAUCCCCGACCCCGAGAUCUCCUGGUUCAAAGACUUCCUGCCCGUCGACCACAGCACCAGCCGGGGUCGCAUCAAACAGCUUCGAUCAGGAGCUUUGCAGAUUGAGAACAGCGAGGAAACCGACCAAGGGAAGUACGAGUGCGUGGCCACCAACUCUCAAGGUGUACGCUACUCCUCCCCCGCAAACCUAUACGUGCGAGAGCUUCGAGAAGGAGCAACAGACUCAUUGCGCCGUGUGCCCCCUCGCUUCUCAAUCUUCCCCUCCAACCACGAGAUCAUGCCGGGCGGGAGCGUCAACAUCACCUGCGUGGCCGUGGGCUCGCCCAUGCCCUACGUCAAGUGGAUGCUGGGAACUGAAGACCUGACCCCCGAGGAUGAGAUGCCAAUUGGCCGGAACGUGCUAGAGCUUAACAGCGUGCGGGAGUCUGCAAACUAUACCUGUGUGGCCAUGAGUAGUCUGGGCACCAUCGAGUCCAUCGCUCAGGUCCUCGUCAAGACUUUGCCGAAGCCUCCCGGCACACCCAUUGUCACGGAAACCACCGCCACCAGUGUGACCAUCACCUGGGACUCCGGCAACCCAGACCCAGUCUCCUACUACAUCAUCCAGUACAGAGCCAAAGGGCCGGAAAGCAAGUACGAGACUGUGGACAGCAUCACCACCACCCGCUACAGCAUCGGGGGGCUGUAUCCCAACACCGAGUAUGAGAUCAGAGUGUCUGCCUUCAACAGCAUCGGCCAGGGACCCCCCUCUACGCGCGUGGAUGCUCGGACAGGAGAGCAGGCCCCGGCCAGCCCUCCCCGAAACGUCCAGGCUCACAUUAUCUCGCAGAACACGGUGAUGGUGCGCUGGGAAGAGCCGGAGGAGCCCAAUGGACAGGUGAAAGGCUACCGUGUGUACUACACCAUGGACCCGUCCCGGCCCAUGAAUGAGUGGCAGAUUCAUAACGUCCAGGACAGCGUGAUCACCACCAUUCAGAACCUCAUCACCUCAGAGACGUACACCAUCCAAGUCCUGGCCUUCACCUCUGUUGGGGACGGACCCUUCUCGGACCCUGUCCAUGUCAAAGUCAUGCCAGGAGUCCCCGGUCAGCCAGGGAAGUUUAGAGUGGGCAAGGUGACGGACACCAGCAUAGAGGUGACGUGGGAACCUGCGUACACCAAGGAGGGAAUCGUCAACUAUGAGCUGCUCUACAAACCAGUCAAGUUUGGCAGUUUGGAGAAGCUGACCUUUGGGCCGAGGAACUCUUACACAGUGGAGGGUCUAAAAGCGAACACCGAGUACUCCUUCUCCCUGGCCGCCAUCUCCAGCAAAGGCAUCGGCGCGUUCACUAAUGAGCUGGUGCAGAGGACGUCACAAGCCAAGCCCUCUGCUGCACCCAAGGGUGUUUCCUGCGAGAGUGCCAGCUCCACCUCGCUGAGGGUAAGUUGGAGGCCGCCUCCAAUCGAGGGCCAGAAUGGCGAGUUGGCAGGUUAUGAGCUGAGGUACCAGAGAGUUUCUGGGGCAGGCGGCCGUGGUCAGGGCCAGGAGGUGAAGGGGCUUCCUAUCCCAGCCCAGCAGGGGCAGACAGUGGUUGAGGGGCUGGAAAAAUGGAGUUGGUACAACCUCACCGUGGCGGCCUCCACCACAGAGGGGACUGGACCCAGCAGUCCGACUGUGCUUUGCAGAACUGAUGAGGAUGUUCCCGGCGCACCCCCUCGUCAGGUGGACGUUCAGCCACUCAACUCCUCAGCACUACGAGUCACCUGGCGAUCGGUAUUGCCUCGAUUCCGGCUAGGCCAGAUCCGAGGCUACCAGGUGCACUUCAGCCGUGCAGAGGGCGGCGAAUCACGCAACCUUCCUCGCAUCAAAGACCUCUUAUUGGAUGAGUCUCAGAUGGAGGAGGAUGACUCGACUCAAUACGAGCUGAUUUUGGGUAUUCUGAAACCAGAGACUGUGUACUCUGUCUCAGUGGCAGCAUACACCACCAAAGGGGAUGGAGCGCACAGCAAAGCCAAGCUGGUGCAGACCCUGGGGAUUGUGCCUGGCCCUCCCUCACUUUGGGUGCGUCCGGGAUCGGGUCCAUCAGUGGUGGUGCGGUGGGCUCCUCCUCUAGAGUGCUCUGAUUCAGGCCCUGAUAGCCGGGGGGCCCCAGUGGAAAUCCAGGGCUACCGCCUACUGUUUGGCCUGAAGAAUACCACUUUAAACACCACGGUGGAUUUCACAAAUCGGGAGAAAAACUUCACUGUCAAAAACCUCUCCCCAGGCUCCUCCUAUGUCUUUGUCCUCUCCGCAAAGAGCCGAGCAGGCUAUGGUGAUGUAGUGCAGCAAGAAAUAACAGUUCCCAUGUUCCAACCCUUGGGGUACCCCAAAAUAUCUGACUUUGUUAAUGCCACUUGCUGCUCCCUCCAGCUGUCCUGGCUGCCCCUUGCUCCAGAGGACUCCAACGGUAUCAUAACAGAGUACACCAUAGCUUACAAAGAGGCUGGAGGCCCCAAUCCCUCUGCUGGCCCCAGCUCCUCUGCCUCACCAGCCCUCCCUUCUCCCCCAUGGCUGAUCACACUACUGGCGAGUGAUUCCAGCUACAUCAUCUUGGGCCUUAAUCACAGCACGGCCUACGAGUUGCAGCUCAGAGCCCACAACAAGGCAGGGCCCGGCCCCUUCAGCCCACCUCUGGUUUGCGAAACCCUGGCUCUUGAAACAGAUGUCCCAAGGAAUUUUUCAGUCAAUCUGGCCACUAAGACCAGUGUUCUUCUGACCUGGGAGUUUCCAGAGAGCAGCAAUCCCUAUCGCUUCACUGUGGAGUAUAACCGGCAAAAGCUGGAGGUGGACGCUAGGCUGAGAAAGGCAGUCAUCCCAAACCUUCAGCCUGACACCAGCUACGACUUCAAGAUCACUGCUCCCGAAGGCAACAUGGGAGGCCUUCGCCACCGCAUCACCGCCAAGACCUCUCCGCCAAUCACCAUCCGCCGCCCUGAAAUCGAUCACACCCGCGACACUGAGACCACGGUCACGAUAAUCCUGCCAUCGCUGGAAAAUCGCACUCCUGUCAAGAAUGUUUAUGUUGUUGUGGUGCCGCUGAGGAGAGCCCGCGGCGUCAUCAGACACCUCAAGAGUCCUGAUGAAAUGGACCUAGAAGAGCUGUUGAAAGACAUCAGUCAGAGGCAGAGGGAUUCUCGGCAGCAGAAGCAGGUGGACUUGCGUCGGGCUUACAUCACAGCCCGUUUCACACCUGCCACCCUGCCGGCCUUCUUCACCCUGGGAGACCAGCUGGACUACGGGGGCUUUGAAAACCGAGCGCUCGAGCCGGGGCAGGAGUACGUCUUCUUCAUCCUGGCUGAGCUCAACUCCACCACCGGGAAAAUGUACGUGGCCAGCCUUUACACAGAUCCAGUAAUCGCCCCUGAUUCAGACCCUCAGCCCCUCGACGCAGGGGACGGUCUGAUCUGGGUGGUGGGACCCGUCCUGGCUGUGGUCUUCAUCAUCUGCAUCGUCAUCGCCAUCCUCCUUUACAAAAACAAACCUGACAGCAAGCGCAAGGACUCGGAGCCCGGAACCAAGAGCCUUUUGAGUAAUGCAGAGAUGAUGGCCCAUCAUCCAACAGACCCCGUGGAGAUGAGACGCAUCAACUUCCAGACUCCCGGAAUGAUGAGCCAUCCUCAAGUCCCCAUCAACGAGCUGGCAGAGCACAUAGAGCUCCUGAAAGCCAACGACAACCUGAGACUCUCGCAGGAGUACGAGUCCAUCGACCCGAGUCAGCAGUUCACCUGGGAACAUUCCAACCUGGAGGUCAACAAGCCCAAAAACCGCUAUGCUAAUGUGAUCGCGUACGACCACACCAGAGUCGUCCUGGCUCCCAUCGAUGGUAUCCUGGGGAGCGACUACAUCAACGCCAACUACGUUGAUGGCUACAGGAAGCAGAAUGCCUACAUCGCUACCCAGGGGCCACUGGGGGAGACGUUUGGGGACUUCUGGAGGAUGGUGUGGGAGCAGCGGGCCGCCUCUGUUGUCAUGAUGACGCGCCUGGAGGAGAAGUCACGGAUAAAGUGUGAUCAGUACUGGCCCAGCCGCGGCACAGACACGCACGGGAUGAUCCAGGUCACCCUGCUGGACACGAUGGAGCUGGCCACUUUCUGCGUUCGCACCCUGUCCCUACAUAAGAGUGGCAGCAGUGAGCGGAGAGAGGUGCGUCAGUUCCAGUUCACAUCCUGGCCAGACCACGGUGUGCCAGAGUAUCCCACCCCCUUCCUCAACUUCCUCCGCAGGGUCAAAGCCUGCAACCCACCCGACGCCGGACCCAUCAUCGCUCACUGCAGUGCUGGGGUCGGUCGCACCGGUUGCUUCAUCGUCAUCGAUGCCAUGCUAGAACGCAUCCGACACGAACGCACCGUGGACAUUUACGGCCACGUGACCCUGAUGCGCUCGCAGAGGAACUACAUGGUGCAGACGGAGGACCAGUACAGCUUCAUUCACGAGUCCUUGCUGGAGGCCGUGGCCUGCGGCAACACGGAGGUGGCCGCCAGGAGUCUGUACUCCUACAUGCAGAAGCUGUCGAAGGUGGAGAGCGGAGAGCACGUCACCGGCAUGGAGCUGGAGUUUAAGCGACUGGCCAACACCAAAGCCCACACGUCCCGCUUUGUCACAGCCAACCUGCCUUGCAACAAAUUCAAGAACCGCCUGGUCAACAUCAUGCCCUACGAAACCACCCGUGUCUGCCUGCAGCCAAUCAGAGGCCUGGAGGGCUCCGACUACAUCAAUUCCAGCUACAUAGACGGAUACAGGCAGCAGAGAGGCUACAUUGCCACCCAGGGUCCGCUAGCUGAGACUACAGAGGACUUCUGGAGGAUGCUGUGGGAGCACAACUCCACUAUAGUGGUCAUGCUCACUAAACUGAGAGAAAUGGGCCGGGAGAAGUGUCACCAGUACUGGCCUGCCGAGCGCUCAGCCAGGUACCAGUACUUCGUGGUGGAUCCCAUGGCGGAGUACAACAUGCCUCAGUACAUCCUGCGGGAGUUCAAAGUCACGGACGCCAGGGACGGCCAAUCACGGACAGUGCGUCAGUUCCAAUUCACUGAUUGGCCAGAGCAAGGUGUGCCCAAAUCUGGGGAGGGCUUCAUUGACUUCAUUGGCCAAGUGCACAAAACCAAGGAGCAGUUUGGUCAGGAUGGACCAAUCAGUGUUCACUGCAGUGCUGGUGUGGGGCGGACUGGUGUUUUCAUCACUCUGAGUAUCGUCCUGGAGAGGAUGCGUUACGAAGGGGCGGUGGACAUCUUCCAAACUGUCAAAAUGCUGCGGACACAGAGGCCAGCCAUGGUGCAGACUGAGGACGAGUACCAGUUCUGCUAUCAGGCUGCUCUGGAGUACCUGGGAAGCUUUGACCACUAUGCAACGUAAGUGAAGAGACAACCACGCGUCCAUCUUUCUGCUUCUGGGUCCACAAACAAACCGAGGAGAAAGACAGCAGUGAAACUUUUCCGGGAGAACGAUUCGAAGAUGAAUCAUGCACCAACAAGGACAAAAAGCAACAACAAAAACAGCAACAAGAAAUCUGUGUCUAACAGCACCCACACCCAUCAGGGCCUCCCCCACCCCGAGGAACUGGUGUGUGUGGAGACUGUCCAUGUGUAAUCCAUAUACUUACCUCAGUGUUCCAGUGUGAAGGACGUAUAAUACAUGUCUGUUGUGGUCAGCUAUCUCCAAUAUGAACCAGUGAAAUACAAACGGCUUCUGAACAGGAAUUAUGAUACUAUAUGUGUAUAAAAUACAAAAAAUAUAUAUAAAAAAAACAAAAACACAAAGAGCCUGGAUAUUUGCUGCACCCUAAAUGGGCUUUUUAUCCUCAACUUUGUAUCUAUUGGUUUGAUGUACUAAGGGGUUACAAAGUGCAAUGGUAAACAUUUCUAUGUGUCUGUGAGUCGAAGGUGUCUACUGCUACCACAGGUAGUUCUGAUAAUAGUUUAAAGCAGAUGACUUGUUCACGCCUCAGCAGAAGUCUGCAGUAUGGACUCACCACCCUGAGGACUGCUGGGCGUGUGGAUGCUCAUUUACCCAUCGCACUGUGCCAAGGGAAACCACGCAGCGUGCACGUGAACUGUGGCCUACGAGGAGAGGUGGCUCCAAUCCUUCAUCCAGCAUUACCACCAAGUCAGACCAGAGGCCGCUCUCAAAAUUCUGGCCAAGGAUCCGUUCACACUCCCCGCUCGCCGUCCUCGCCGCGUAACCACUGGCCUCAGAACAGUGAUUAGAGUCCAUCAUAGCCUCGACUGGGCUGAGAUUUGUAGUCCGGCGCGCUCCUCACUCGACAAAGCUUGCUUGAUAUUUGCUGUCGUCCUUGCUCAUCCUCCAGCUCAGAUCCUCUUGAUGUCAGUCCCAUUGUGACAGUUCAACAGUGGCUUAGUGAAAGAGAUGCUAAUGAACAAAUUGAGAUUCAGUCCCUUUCUCUCUCGAACUGAAAAUAGUCCUCAGCCCAUUUCCGCAGACUUUUGUGUGUUUUUACUGUUCGUCUUUGCCUUACGCCGACUUAUUUCUUGUGUUUUAACAUGCUGCCUAAUGCUCAUGCGUUGUGUGCUGAACCUUUAUCGUCAUACAGUAUCUUGAGGAUGAAAGUUGUUCCCCGAUCACCUUCCUCCUCUGAAGCUUACCCACCUUCUUGAAUUGCAUCACUUUACGGUUAAAUCCCUACAAUGUUUUUACUACUUAAGGCAACAACGGAUAAAAGAUCCCAAAAGAAAACAAAACAUAAAGCACAGAUGGUGAAUUGCUCACGUUCAGCCGUCCUCUCCCCGUUCCCACCUCUGCCAUUAAAAAUCUCUCUGUCCCUAAACCUCACUGUACAGAACAUCCCAACGUAACCAAUUGAUGUGUCCCCCUCUGUCCUCUCCCGUACAACCGCACAAGCCCUUGAUAUGGAUAUGCUAUAUAUCUUUUCUCGAUUUGACAUUUAAUCGGGCCCACGUGGUGAUUGAAGAGCACAGCGAUGUUCCAGUGUGUCAGACAUUUUGGGCAAUUUCACAAUUUUGUACAUACAGUCUUAUCAUUGGAGUCCUAUACAGUACAAUUACAUACGUCUGAGCACAAGAUAUAACGUGGGAUUGGAUGUGAUGUAGUUCUUAUCGUCGCGAAAAAAGCCUUAUUGUUAUCGUUCACUUUGUCAUAUUUAUUUCAUAUGAUUUUCUAAAAUAUUUAUUAUUCUAUUUUGUUACUUUUUACGUUUGUUUCUAAUUAUUUAUUUGGGAUAUCUAGCAAAUAUAACCAAUAAGAUGUUGUUUACUUGUUUCUUUGGCGAGCCAAUGUAAAAUUAUGAUAUUGUCGCUGUUUGUUUUUUAUUUUGAAUGGUCCGUUUUGGUGCUUUUUUAUUUGCUUUAUUAUGAUGAAGUAUGCCCUCUGUGUAGGGUGCUAUUUGAUACUGAUUACUGAUGUCCGACUAGUUAGCUAGAGAUGUACGUUAGAGGCUCACAUAGUUUAAGUUUCCAGUGAUGCCCUUUUAAAGCCCUCCCCCACUCCACCUCCGUACAGUAGCAGCCGCAGUGGUGUGACCCACCCCAGCGUGAUAGGUUUAAGGGCAUCAGAGGAAUUAGAUUUAUAGAGCAGACACACUGUUGGUAUAUAGUUUGCCGGUGAGCACAUGGUAGCAAGUGUAUUUUUGACAGAGAUUGGGUUAGAACCCGCCCAGCUACACGCACCCUCGAAGGUACCGUUUAAAUCUAAAAAAAAAACAAACUCUGAUAUGAACUUUAGGUGUGGUCCAGAAGUCUUGACGAUGUGUGACAUAUAUAAAAUAUGUUAUUCUUUCGAUUUCUAAUUAUUGUGUCGAGAGAAAUAUAAAAGGAACACACACACAAAACAUAAUAUGAAAUGUGUUGAGGGCCAGCUCUGAUGACGCCACCCCCCUCACUUAUGUACCUGUUCUUUCCUUUCAAACCAUGGAUGUAGAUAUUGUAUCUUGACUUUGUAUUAAAAGCAGGAUGAUUGGAUAUACCGCACAAAGA